CUGCGAUUUCACACUGUUAUGACAUACGUAUCCCGCCGACGGAAAGAGUGCGACUGAAAAGGUCGGACAAGUAGCUUAUGACAGUACGAGGCGAAGGUAGUUAGGAGCGGCAAGCAUGAGGACCGUCUUCAGAAAUGCCCGCGUCUUUACCGGCAACCCAGCCGCCAUCGAGCAUGGCAAGCACACAUGCAUGAUCAUACACAAUGAUAUGAUUGAUUAUGUGGGGUCAGAAUCAGAUCCUCAAGUAGCAGCCGCCACGAAAGAUGGCGCCGAACUUCUCGAUAUGGAUCAGCGGACUCUAGCCCCGGGUUUCAUCGACGGGCACAUGCACCUCUUGAUGUUCGGCACGUCCCUUCAGAAAGUCAGCCUUGCUCACUGCGAGACGCUGGAGGAGAUACGGUCUACGAUCCGGGACGCCGCGAGGAGCGACCCAACAAAGCCGCGCAUAUUGUGUCGCGGAUGGAUGCACUUCAUGACAAAUGGACGAGCCAUGGCAAGCGACUUGGACGGCCUCGACGAGCUCAAUCGUCCUAUUUUCAUUGACUCCAAGGAUCUGCACUCGACGUGGUGUAAUUCUGCGGCUUUGCAGGAAAUGGGCGUGCAGGACAUGCUUGAUCCUCCUGGCGGAGAGAUUCAGCGGGACGACAAGGGCAGGGCGACGGGCCUGCUCAGCGAAGCGGCAGCUGUGACCAUCGUCUGGCCCCAUCUAGCCAAAGUGGCUUCUAUGGAGGAGAAGAAGACCGCCAUUCGUAAUGCCGUCAAGACGUAUAACAUGGCGGGGUACACUGGAGUGGUGGAAAUGGCCAUGGACGAGAACGCCUGGGAAGCCUUGCUACAACUGAGGUCGGAAGCGCCAUUGACGAUCAGAUUGGCGAUGCACUGGCUCAUCUACCCAUCUGAGACCAACAAGGAGAGUCUGCGUCAAGUGGACCAGGCAAUUGAACUGUGGAAGCACUAUAACCUUGAGACCUCGCCAGACUUUCGGAUUGCAGGCAUCAAGGUCAUUGGCGACGGUGUCAUUGAUGCGUGCACGGCUGCGCUGCUGGAGCCAUAUUCGACAAACGGAGUCAGCUGUGAGCCGUUGUGGAAUGCCGGACAUCUGAAACAGGUCGUUCAAAAAGCCGAUGCUGCAGGGCUGCAGUGUGCUCUGCACGCUAUUGGAGAUGCGACGAUUAAAAUGGCCAUCGACGUGCUCGAGACUGUUACAGCGAGUGGUCGACGACAUCGGAUCGAGCAUUUAGAGCUCACGUCUCCUGGAGAUGCCAAACGUCUUCAAGAGGCCGGAAUAACUGCGUCGAUCCAAGCUGUGCACGCCGAUCCAGCCAUUCUCCGGCAGUGGACCUCUCUGCUCGGGGAGGAAAGGAGAGGCCGUGCGUUUGCUUAUCGUGAGUUCCUGGAUGAGGGUGUGCAUCUAGCCUUGGGGACAGAUGCUCCCACUGCACCAAAUUUACCUUUGCCGAACCUGUAUGUGGCCACGACGAGGAGGUCAGCGAGGGAGCCAGACUCUGACGAAGUGGUCAACAAGCAUUUCGCACUGCCCUUGCUGAACGCCUUCUCAGCAGCCACGCAUGGUGCAGCCCAUUCGUGUUUCAUGGACAAAUCUACAGGUAGGCUGGAGGCUGGGAUGAAGGCGGAUUUCGUCGUUCUCGACAUGGAAUGGUCACCGGAAGAUUUGCUUCGGGCAAAAGUACUGCAGACAUGGUACAACGGAAGAAAAAUUGCUAUUGCAGACAAAUGAAAGGACUGAAUACUAAAGAAACAUACUGAUUUGUUGCUGACGUACAG